AUGAACGGUACGUACACCCUCCACUCCACCUUCACCCCCCUACCACCUUGGUUCUCACGCGAUGAAAACAACGACCCCAUCCUCGACAUCCCGCUUUGCACCCCGUGCGUGUUCUUCGACAUCGUCUACCCCUACAAGAACCAGUACGAGCUUAUCUCCCACCUGCGCCGACUCGCUAUGUCCCGGUAUGCGAUCAUUGGUGAUAUCGGCGAGGAGCGGGGGGUUCUCUCCGUUGGUGUGCAGGUUGCUGGCUACUUUCCUACGCUGGAUGAUAUCUUUAUAGCUCUCUCGGAGCGGUUGAAUCAGUUGCAUACCCUGGUGGACAUGGGGAUUUUGGCCACUGGAGGGAAAUCCGAAGCCGAUCUUCUCGUCGAAGAGCUCCAGGAAUUGUACGAGGCAGCGAAAGACGAAUUCGAAAUCGCAACCGAAAGCACCGACUCGGCAACCAUCUACGCCGCCUCGGACCGGGAAUCCGCUCGCGACGCCCUCAACCAGCUCGUCUCCGUGUACACGCUGUACACGACGCCCAUUGAAGUGUCGGGGUCUCCCACCAAGGUAGACGGCGCACAACAGCAAGAACAGGAGAACCAGAUCGAGGACCUCGGCGAGACGGAUCAAGGACAGCUCAUCACCACCAACUAUGAUCCCACGGAGAUCGCGCAGGGGGUCCGAGACGAGGUCAAGAAGAGGGUGGGCCAUCGCUUGAGGGAAUUGGUCAAUGCCGUUGAGAACCUCGAGGAGAGGGCGCAUGCGGAGUAG